UGUUAUUGUGUUUACUUGUUAUUUCGGUACAAGUUAUAACAGCGGUUUGAGCCACUGCACUUUCCCAAACUGCCUGAAGCCUUCAUAACAAUGGAUCAAACAUUUCUCCACAAACAGAAGCCUGAGGAUGACCCAACCGUUCUGAGAGGGCAACGGCUAGACCUUGAGGCUCGAUGUGCCGAGCAAGAACUCCGCAAGGCGUUGCAUAAGGAGAAGGAGGCGGCCAUGAGAGAAGACAAACUGACCGUAGUACCCUUCCUAAAGAGCAAUGACGUACAACGAAGUCGGGCUGAACAGCAGGCAAAAGAAGAAAGAAAGCGGAUUAAUGAGUUGGAGCGCCAGAGAUGCACGCUAGUACAUGAGUUAACGGCCCUCCGCCUGCGAAAGGCGAGGCUGGACAGAAGCGUUCAGCAACACGCUGUAUUCGCUGCCUACGUGAAGAAAGUGUCUCAGUCUGUUGAGCAAGAACCUGCCCAGUUAAUGCACAGCUUCGGUACCUUGAUGCACUGCGCAAAUAGAUUGUUGCAAAUCAUGCAACACAACCUCGACUGCGCACAGAAGGCGCGCUCUGAGUACGCGCUCCACCAUCAACAGGCAGCUGACGUUAUCUUGCGCGGUAAUAACGCAUUGGGAGCAUUGCAACGCGAUUUGGACAAUGUUCAGUCUAUCAGGAUGAAUAUGGAAGCCCAAUGGUCCCAUAUUCUGGACACUGCUGCCAAGAAGACCCUGGAGUUGGGGACCAUCAAAAUGGCCUCACUCAACUUAUCCCAAUUCGUGCACAAUUCCAAGAGCGGUUACCCCCCUGUAGGCCAGGAGGACACUGUCAAACAGCUGGAACAGGUCAAGACCUUCAUUACCUAUUCUACUGAUGUCCUUUUGGCAGUAAAAAAAACCCAGGAAGCACUGAAACCACGACUGCCGAAUGAAAAAGAGGCAAAAGCAACUGUAUGAAUCAUAGAAUACACUAUAAA